UGACUGGAGAAAGAAUAGUCACAUCCAUUACCAUUAACGAAAUUAAAAUAACCUAUUUUCUGACACUCGCUCGCUUACGUUAUUCUAAAUGCGCUCUUACAGAAAUUUCAAACUUUUGAACUAAGAACACGAAAAACAUGUAUUGUACAAGAAAUAUUGUCUAAAAUACCGGAAUAGUUAUUAUAAUUGACUAAGCACUAAGCCCCACCUUUUAAUACACUUUUUACGGAGGCUUGUAAAAAUAGCUUGAUUCAGAACAAGCCUUCAUAAAAAUAUAUAUAUGACAUGUGACAAAAUGAGAAGAUAUGCUACAAAAUCGCCAGAUAUUAAAUUUUUUGUUCUUUCGAGCUUUUUUUGCUGACUGAUCUAUUUUUUGAAAAUUUAAAAUCGUAAAUUCUCGACUAUUAUACAGACGUAAGAUAUGAGCACAAUGUUUGCGUCACAAAAGACCAAAAUUAUUUUUAAAAUACCUGAAGAAAAGUCUGGACUUAUAUUUGAUAACAAUUGUAAAAAUAUAAAAAAAAUAGAAGAAAAUACGGGCGCAAGAAUAAUACUUAAUGAUGAUGCCACAGAAGCAACUAUUAAUGGGACAUAUGGUCAAUGUGAAGUUGCAAAAUCAAGAAUAGAAGUUUUUCUCGACAAUGAAGCAAAAAAACCAAGACCUAGUAUAUAUCUUGAAUUAGGUUUUAUAAUCCUUGAUACUUCUCGGGCAAUGCUUUCUGCUGCGGAUAAAGGUAUCUCUUCAAGAGUUACACCAAAAAUACAUUUCAGGAAGUAUGAUUUAAAGAAUCAUAAUAGCCAUUCAAAAGGAAAUGAAUUAUUUUAUAUUAUGUUUGAUCAUGAAGAUUCUAACGCUUUAGGUUUAGAAACUAGUAAGAAUUUCAAGGAAGAAUUUAAUGAAUUAGAAAGAGUAAUUGAUGAUGAUAGUGAAUCAUCUACCACGAAUAUUUAUGAUUUCUUAUGUGGAACGACAUCCGAAAGAAAGUCCGAAGAUAGUAAUCCAAUUAUGUGGAACAUAAAAAGGAUUUCUAAUUAUGAAAAUGAUGCUAAUGGAACCUCGAAAGAUCUUGACACAAGUCUAUCUGAAUGGGAGCCAAAUGUAUCAGCUCCAACACUUCAACAACCAUUCAGUAUUUUUUCUCAAUUAUCUAUGUGUAUGGCGAAAAUUAUAUCAAAUGUAUCCGAGUUUUUUCCAGUGAACAAUUCUGGAAUAGAAAUAAAGGCUUCUCUAUAUCUCGGACGCCAAUUGUUUUUUAAUGUACCAAGUAAACCAAAAUCAUAUAGUUUGUCAGAAUGGUGUAAAUUAAGAAGGGCUGGUCCAAAAGGUAUAAAAACUUCUUUUCGGCAUGAUGCACCUUUUGUUGAUGGAUUAAGGAUUCUUCAAGCUGAACUAGGAUUUCAAGAAGCUGAGAGUUUUGGAGAUAGCGAAAAAGAUAAAUGGAGCGUCACGAUUUAUUUUAAUGAUGGUGAAGACAAGAAAUUAAAAUUAAAUUGGGAUCAUCAAAAAAGUAUUUUAAAUUUAUCUAUCAUGUUGCUUAUCUUUUGAAAAUUUUUUUCAUUUCUUGACGCGGCCUUUUCUUAUAAUUAGGAACUUGGAAGAGAUGAAAGCGACAUGUCUUUUCGUGUAAAAGAUUUUGCAGAUACUUUAAAUGUUACUAGGGUU